AUGUUUGGGCUUGAAAGUGAACCCAGAGGAACAUUCCCGAAUGGACAUGCGCUGGUCUCUCGGCCGUUCGGCGGUAUUGUCCACGUCGACUUCUGGGUGUUUGGCUUCGACGUCAAGUUUGGUGCUCCUCCUCGGGCUCCGCCGCCGGUUAUGCUGGAUCGCUUCUGGGCGGUGGUCAUCAAGUCGUCCGGGUCAAGCUCGUCGUCGCUGCUGGCGGCUGCUGCCAGCGACGACAGUCCGCAGGACACGGCCGCCAUCAUUCUCACCUGCAAGUCGGGCCUCGAGCCGCCGCCGGGGACGACUACAAAGGACAAGGACCAAAGCACCUCCAAGUGGUUCGUAAAGGCGAAUAAAUUUUGUUUCUUGGCGACGUUCCAGCUUGCCAUUACAUCGGGGUCGCUGGUCGAGGAACGCAUCGAGAAGAAAGAAGGCUGGGACACCACCCAGACGAGGGGAGCUGUGGCAGAUAUUGCGCCACAGUACCAAGAGGUAUAUUCGAAGCCUAUGCAGCUGGUAGAUAAGCUGCACUCGCAUGUGGACAUCCUCAUUACCGCCCCACGAGCGAACGCUUUGGAAGACGACUCCAUCCACAUCAUGAAGGAGUGGAAGGACCAAAAGUGGCGUAUCACGCCGGUGAUAACGCCAGUACCGACAUCUGUUUGGGCCAAGUAUGAUCGCAACGAGGACCCUGCUGUCGUUGGCAAUAGAGUUCAAGGCCUCCUCGAUGGCGACAGGCCCACAACGCCGCUCGUGACGGGCCUUUCCGUCAAGGCGCCCGAGCCAACCGAGGCUGACGACAAGGUGAACGGCUUUGACGUGAUCAAAGACCGUAUGCAAGACGUCUACGGCUAUAGCGAGACGCGACCCAUCUUCCCUGAGUCCUACGCGCAUACCAAUGGGGCAUGGCUACCUCGGGGCCGCUCACGGGACUGGGUCAAGUUUAAACAGACUUGGGAGCGAGUGGGAGACGAGACGUCCAAGAAUGUCGCGGAUAUAUGGGCAAAGCGGCUAGGUUUUGGCGAGGCGACUGUCAAGAAGGAUGACAAAGAGCCUCGCAAGUUCAGCCCGUUGGCGGGUGCCGCGCCAAGGCAGCUUCUGAAGCGAUUCGACAAAAUUGUUCCAGCACUGCCGUUAAUUGCUGUCGGAUCUCGAGUGGAAAUAAUUGCUACUUUAAGGCUAAUAAACGCCUACGUAAUUGCCCCGACCGAAUCCGAGGCAUGUCGUACCAAGAACCAAGGUCCUCAGCCCACUGCUUCCAACGGCAUCGAGGCGGCAAGCGAGAAAGUCCAUCUUGCUUCGCACCCUACUUGUCAACACGAUGAAAUUAGCGGCUCUGCUGGGAUCACUGAUCGAUUUGGGCUGGACACAAACUAUCGCGAGACUGUCCGACAGCUAGCGGCGUAUGACGACGGGGUGAUAGUGUUGUAG